GAAAUUACUUAUAUGAAUGAAGAAGGUCUCUCCGAAAUUGGCGUUGGGUAGGUAUUGUCGGAUAAGGCAUGAGCAUUGAAAGCUAUAUGGUUAUCUUUAUGUUCAACGUUUCAUCUUUUCGUCUGUAUGCAUAACACUCGGCUUAGUAAGAAUGAUAGCUGCCUAUAUAUACUCCGGGGCCCUGGAGCGCCCACAACAUUUAUCCUAUCUAGCAAGUUGCUAGUAUUCAGAAACCAUACCGUUAGUCUUUUUUUUAAUGAAAAAGCCUAUCAAUUUUUGUUUUUUCACACAAUGAAAUUACAAAAAUCAAAUUGUGCUUGUCAUUCUGAAUCUGGCACAUGUUUAAAUGAUACUUUGCAACUGGAGGCUUUAAUUGUUCGAUGAUUGUAGCUUCAGGCUUCCUUUUUAUGAAAAGUGAUAAAUCACUCUGCUUGCUGUCAACACUUGCCUCUUUUGCUUUGAAUACUGACAAGGUCAUCAGGGAACCUUUGUUAACUACUUUUGUAGGAAAUCUGAUAAAUUUACCGCAUGUAUCUGGGUAAAUCCAUAGACCUUACAUCAUGUAGCAGUCUGUGGCUUAACAAUUAUUACUCUUAAGCAAUACUUAGAUCUGUCCUAUGUUCUACUUCUCUUUGCUGUUGGCCCCACCACCACAAUUCUUCAGGGUAAUGUCUUAUCCUCUACCCACUGAACAGACCGAUAUCACCAAUUCUGACUACACCUUCCAGCAGGGAUCUGUUCCUCUGGGUGCUUUUUUUUUUUUUUUUUUUUUUCUUCUUCUUACAGAGGCUUGUUUGAUUUAUAGGACAAUGUGAGUAAACUCAGCACACAGGUCCGCAUAUUCUGUCACCAUGUAUCCCAAAUAACACUUGUGCUCGGUGGGGCAAGUAUACUAAAACUGUUAUUUAUGAAAACUAGCCUCCAACAGCAAAACAUUCAACUUGUGAUGACACAACCUCAUUUUCAAGUCCUGUAACAUCUGAGGUACGUUUUAUCAGGUCAUUUCCCAUAAGUGCAUCAGCAGAGCAGUCAUUCAUGGUGCCCACUUCCAUCUCCAAACUGCAUGACCUAGUCAAGUUAAAUUUCAGCUAUGGGUAGUGUGUACUUAUACAGGGUUUACCUCAUGUAAGGUGGACCACCCCAUCUUUCCAUUUUUUUUAAUGCUGUGGGCACAUUCAUCAGAAGUGAUUGCAUAUUGGGCUAUUAAGUGCUCUUUCACUGGUACAGCUCACUAAGUUUUUGCUUCCCGUCUAGACAAUUUGCAGGCUAAAAUUUUUUUAGAUCACCAUCAAUCUUCACUCCAGCUGGGGUUAGGAACAUAUAAGUCUCAGCAUUCCAUUACUUUUGGGGGGGGAGGGAAUAACUUCUCUAUUCCUGGCACCAUGUCAAUACUAAACUGCAGCUACACAGUGGACUGCUGUACACAUGUCGCCUAUUAUAAUGGGAACAGGGUAGAGCUGUCCUACAUUGUAUGUCCAUUCUCUGCUGCCACCAGAAGGCCACCUACACAAUUCCUCAGUGUAAGGUCUUGUACUCUACCCAUUGAACAGGCAUUUGUUAAAUCUUCUGACCUCUACUUCUUCCAGACAGGAAUCAAUUCCUCUGGGUGCUCUCAACUAGCAUUGGAAAGUCACGGGGAGGGGGGGGGGGGAAAGGAAAGCUUGUGUAAAAUCAUGUAUUUAUUUUUUUUUGCAGAAAACUAAAAAAAAUAUGAAAUGUAUGGAAUAGAAACAUAGAAUGUGACGGCAGAUAAGAACCAUUCGGCCCAUCUAGUCUGCCAAUUUUCUAAAUACUUUCAUUAGUCCAUAGCCUUAUCUUAUAGUUAGGAUAGCCUUAUGCCUAUCCCAUGCAUGCUUAAACUCCUUUUACUGUGUUAACCUCUACCACUUCAGAUGGAAGGCUAUUCCAUGCCUUCACUACCCUCUCAGUAAAGUAAUACUUCCUGAUAUUAUUUUUAAACCUUUGUCCAUCUAAUUUAAGACUGUCCUCUUGUUGUGGUAGUUUUUCUUCUUAAUGUUGUUUUACAAUGGUAAAUAAUGUUUAUGACUUGGUGCUUGUAUAUUUAUAAAAAAUGUGUAACAUAAAGACUAUUAUGAAAUACUGUAACGUUUCAAAUUUAUAAAAUAUUUUACCAGGAAAGAUACAUUGAGAUUUUUCACGUUUUCAAGUAUGUCCUGCUCAUUGUAGUUAUUGAAUUCUGAAGACAAGCAAAUCCUGAAAUAUAAUUCAAAUACUAAAAAAAUACUGCAGAUACAAUUCUCAAACGAGAAGGAUGUAUUUGUUUCUAGAGGAAGUAAUUGUGUUGGCCCUCUGUUAGUGCAUCCUCACCUCAGGCUGCAUCAUUAAGAAAUCAAUAGCUAGAACAAAACAAGAGUUCCAGGUAGCUAAUGCGAAUCCUGUGCAAAUUUGGUUUCUUGCUGGUGCCAGAUAACCAAUAGCUUGCAUCCCUUCCCGUGCUGCCAAUGUCCUCCCCAUCAGCCUGACCUGUCUCCCCAUCUGGGAAGGGGAACGUCAUAAGGAAUGGAGGAUAGGGUUGCAGGGAGAAUUUGGCCUCUGCGCUGGAAAAAUAAUUAUCUUUUAUGUGUUUUUGUUUGUUCAGUUUUUUUUUUCAAUGGAUGGGGCAGGUUGUUGAACAACCACAACAAGAGUUACUCUAACCAAAACCAGUGUUUUAUGAAAACACUAGUUUUAUUUGGAGGGACAUGUUUUAUGAUGGGACAUUUUAAAUUCCUGAAAAUUAAACCAUAUUUUAACUGCAUUAGUUUUUCUUCAAUAAUUUUAUGUAAAUGUUCACUUUCAUCUUACUAAUGGUGUGCUUUGAUGAAACACCUACCCCGUCGCAUAGUUUUUUAUUAAAGGUAUAAUUAAAAGUAAAUUUAAAUUUUAAGGACCAAGUAGCCAUAUUUUAACCAUAGCUUAGGCUAUUUACAUUUAGGCUAUUUUGACUUUCUGUUGGUAAAAUGAGACCAACAUGCAGAAUUUUGUAGCAUUUCUACAGUACACUUUCAUCUGAGGAAAUAACUGAAAUUUGCAAAUACUGUUAAAAGAAAUCUAUUUUUCCAAAUGUUAACUGGAUGACAGAAUACCAGCUAGACUGUUCCUAAAGACAUUGAAAAUACUUAAAUGCAAAAAUAAAAUCACUGAUUAAAACAAACAUGCAUAUAAGGAACACUAUAGCAUUAGGAAUACAAAUAUUUAUUCCUAAUGCUAUAGUGCUCUAGCCACUGUUUAACCCCUUAAGGACCAAACUUCUGGAAUAAAAGGGAAUCAUGACAUAUUACACAUGUCAUGUGUCCUUAACGGGUUAAGUAACUGGGCCUCCGUUGCCAGGGUUAAAAUUGUGAAUUCACUUACCUUUUCUCCCUUGCAACAUUUGUCUCUGGUGUGCCGCACCACCUCUUUGGCUGAGGUCAUCAAGACUGAUGAUCUUGGUCAAUCAAAUGCAUGCCCAUAUUGGGAAGCUAGUGCGCAUGUGCAGCAAUAUGCUGUUCUGUGUCAAUCUGAUGGUCUAUCUGAGACAACCUGGUAGAAAAUGUGGAUUUUUUUUUUUUUUUUGGUUCACUGUUUUGGCAGAAGCUGAAUAACCCUGCAGUAAAAACAUUGAAAUUCCUGCAAUGAAUGGCAAUGUUUUCAGCUGAUAGGUUGUAAUGGGUUGGGGGAUAUGAAACCCAGACCAUGUAGUGUUUUUAGGUGCAUAGUGUUUUUUAAUUCUCAGAAAAUUUACUAUGACCAGGGCUGCAAAUACAUCUUUGAAUCCAAAUGAUAUGCAGCCAGCUACUGGACCAGUUAAUUGUAAAUGAUUCUAUAUUACAUUGGAAAAUAGUGAAAUGUAUUGUUAGCAAAGUGAUUCCAACACUGUUGAUCAUCAACAGCUUCUUUUCAUCCUUCGUAAUCCGCUUUCUCCUGGUGCUUUUCAUACCUCUUUCAGCACUCUUUUAGUGUUUCUUUCCCUGGCUCUGCCUUUUCUCACCCAAUCCCUCUUUAUUGUUCUCAAUCUAUACUGCCAUCCCAAGGUAAACUCAUCAACUCUUUCGACUUCAGUAUCAUUUCUAUGCAAAUGACAUGCGUCUCUGAUUGCCUUUCUGCUAUUUCCAACUGGAGGGCUGCUCAGUUUCUUAAACUUAACCUGUCCAAAACAGAACUUCUGCCCCUCCCUCCCUCAAGUGUUGCUACUACCUUUUCCCUCCAAGUCAAUAGCACUAGCAUCAGUUCUACCUCAAAGGCACGCUGUCAAGGUGUUCUCUUUGACUCCGACCUCUUCUUCACCCCUCAUGUCCAAUCAAUCGCCAAAUCCUGUCGCAUCCGCCCCUAUUUAACUCCUGAUACAGCUAAUGUGCUUGGCCAUGCUGCUGUCCUCUCUCGUCUUGUCUACUGUAAUCCGCUUCUCGGUGGUCUUACUUGUUUCAAACUUGCCCUGUUACAGUCUAUAAUGAAUGCGGCUGCGAGGCUCAUCUUCCUGUCCUCCUGCACCUCUCAUGCCUUCCCCCCCUUUGUCAGUCCUUACAUUGGCUUCCUGUAAGAUAUAAGGCUCAAUAUAAGAUCCUGGUACUUGCUUACAAAUCUCUACACAAUGUUGCUCUGACCUACCACUAAUAUAGAAAUAUGUCCCGCCUAAGCUCUGCCAAAGACCUAUGUCUAACCUCUGUUCAUACUCCUACCUCUGAUGCUCGCCUUAAAGACUUCUCUAGGGCUGGACUAUUCCUAUGGAACUCCCUUCCCCUCAGAUUAUCACCCAGUUUCCACUCCUUUAAAAAAAAAAAAUCUUUGAAAACUUAUUUCUUUGGGAAAGAAUAUCAAUUAAACUGUCAACAGCUUUCCCUCCCUGCACCAUGAUUCCUCUCCUGCAAUUGUCAAAACACUAAACCAGGGGUUCUCAACGUUAGUCCUCAGGACCCCCUACCAGUCCAGGGUUUAGGGAUUACCUGGGUGUGUCUAAGGUGUUUAGAAAAAAAAAAACACUUUAGAGUCUAAGGUGUUUUUUUCCCCUUUUUCUAAACACCUGAGACACACCCAGGUAAUCCCUAAAUCCUGGACUGGUAGGGGGUCCUGAGGACUGGGUUGAGAACCCCUGCACUAAACCCUCAGUGAAUACUAUACUAGCAACAUACUUUUCUACCCUACCCAUACCUUUUGUGUCACUAUACCCCACUCCCUCUAGCAUGUAAGCUCAUUGAGCAGGGCUCUCAACCCCUCUGUUCCUAUGUGUUCAACCUGUCUGGUUAAAAAUGUGUCUGUUAGUCCACCCAUUGUACAGCACUGUGGAAUUUGUUGGCACUCUAUAAAUAAUAACCGUGAUAAAUAUGUAUUUAUGUAUUUAUUUGAUUUUUCAAGAUGGGCAAGAAAGGAAAAGUGGGGAAAAGUCGGAAGGACAAAUUCUAUCAUUUGGCAAAAGAGACAGGUAAGCAAGAGACUUAUGUGACCAGUUAGUAGUAUUUCACAAAUGCAUGUUUAGUAAUGAUAUUUCUGAUAUUUGAUGAAAUUUGUAUUUAGAAUUCAAAGGCAUCUCUUUAUUAAAAACAUGUAGCAUUUAAAGUUAAAGCAUCAAUACAUUUUAAAGACGUCCAGACUGUAUCUGGCAAGGACUUGUGGCCCGCUUUAAAUGCACUCUACAUCAGGGCUUGACAAAUCCCAGGUCACCAUGGCAGCUAAGAAUUUUUUGUGGCGUCUGAGUGUUUAGUUUUUUUCAGUCUGUUCAGCUGGGGUGGCCGGCUGAGGGAGAAUGGAGGUGAGCAGAAUGGAGUUGAGCUGCGAGGGAGCUGUCAUCUUUUUGCUCUUCUUGCUCUGCUCCCUCGCGCACUAGCUGGUAGCCGGAAAAUGUCAUUUUGGCCCCGGCAUCAUUAAACAGUACGUUAGGGAGCAGAGCAGGAAAGUUACCGAAUCUCUGCAGCACCUCUGGAUCCCAAGGAAAGGAUCCAUUCCAGUUUUCCCAAAGGUAUUAAGGUUGGUUGGACUUAACUUAAAAUAAAUAAUAAUUUGUGAGAAAAUGUGUGGCUCUGUCAGUGAGUGUGCGUUUUAGGUUAUCGCACCCCUCUGAUUGCAUGGGAAAGGUGUUGUUUUUUUGUUUUUUUUUCACACUGCGCCGAUGAUUUCAGCCAAUCGUAGAAAAACUUUGGGAGGCUGUUACGUCAUGUGUGGCAAAAUGCAGUGCAGCUCCAAUCAGCAUAUCCUCAUAGAGAUGCAUUGAAUCAGCAUCUCCUUACUCCGUAUGUUCAGCGCAGAGUGAGGAGAUGCUGAAUAUAGAUGCUGCACACCGAGAUAGGAAGCACCUCUAAAGGAAGUAUGAGUGACUGCCACUAGAGAUGUUACCAGGCAGCAAUGUAAAAGCCUGCAUGGACAGGCUAUAGACACCAAAACCACUGCAUUAAGCUGUCAUGUUUCUGUUAACUAUAGUGUCCCUUCAAGAAUUGUAUUUUUGUCCUUGAAAAUAUUUGGUAGUUAAAAAAAACAAAAAACGGCUCCUAACUUUUUUUAGUUGGCUCCUAGAUUCAAAGCAAAUGUGUCAAGCCCUGCUCUAUAAAGUGAUGGAACACAAGUACACCAUUGCUUCAUACUUUAUCUGUAGCAGUGUUAAUUUUGGCAGCAAAUUUUAAUUUAGUUUUAGUCAUCUGAAUUGUUUGUUUUAGUAGACUAAAAUUGUUAGUUGACAAAAUUAACACUGAUUUAAUUAAGCAACAGAAAUGGCAUAAUCAAUGGAAUGGCAACGAAGAAGUUUAGGUAGAAAGAUAUAGAGAACAAUGUCUGAAAUAUACUGUAUAUGUGGAGUGGAGUUAAAAUAUACUGAAUAAUUAUUUCCUGUACUUCCUAGGAUACCGCUCCCGAUCAGCCUUUAAACUCAUCCAACUUAACAGAAAAUUUCAGUUUCUACAGAGAGCCCGUGCACUUGUAGAUCUUUGUGCUGCUCCAGGGGGCUGGUAAGCAAGUGUUUUAAUUGUCGCUCAGUGUAUCACUUCAUUGCUCUAAAAUGGAUUCAUAACAUAAUGUGUUGACUUUUGCCUGGACUUUUUCUGUUUCAGGCUCCAGGUUGCUUCAAAGUUUAUGCCAGUCUCAAGUCUUAUUAUAGGUGAGUGACUAAACCUAUUUACGAUUUGUUUUGGUAAAGAAGCAACAUCUUAUGCAGUAUUUUUUUUUUGCCAGGAGUGGAUAUUGUUCCAAUUAAGCCAAUUCCCAACGUGGUUACCUUGCAGGAUGAUAUAACCAGUGACUCUUGCAGACAGGUGAGCAUUUGUCAGCAUGUGAAAAAAUCCAAACAUAUUCAAGUUAUUGAUAUUUUUUUUUCUAUUUUAUAGUUUGUAAUUUAAACCCUGCACUGGUACCUUCUAUUUUAGAUGUUUAGAACUACCGUAUAUACUCGAGUAUAAGCCGACCCGAAUAUAAGCCGAGGCCCCUAAUUUUACCCCCAAAAAAUGGGAAAACAUAUUGACUCGAGUAUAAGACUAGGGUGGGAAAUGCAGCAGCUACUGGUAAAUUUAUAAAUAAAAUUAGAUCCUAAAAAAAUUAUAUUAAUUGAAUAUUUACAUUGUGUGUGUGUGUGUGUAUAUGAUGAAUGCAGGGUGUGUGUGUGUUGCAGAGCCUUGGUGGGGGGGUGGGCAUUUUUAUUAAAAAAAAUUUAAUAUUUUAAUUUUUUUUUGUUUUAUUUUUAUUAUUAUUUUUUAUUAUUAUUUAUAUUUGUAUAUUUAACAAGAGGGAACAGAAAGAGAGGGGUGUUGGAAACAACCAACUCCCCAAGCUCUGUAAAGGUUACAAGGGAUAUAGGGGGCUUAACCCCAAAUGUAAUGUAAGAAAAGAGAAGGGGAGAGAAUGAACCAGAAGGCCACCAAACAUACAGGUAUGCAGGGGGGAAACGGUUCAUUCACUAAACUAUAUCCCUAGAGUAGUAGUACUUAUAGUGAGGAGGAGGAUACACAGGGGGAGAAGAGAAAAGGAACAUGGGUAUAAGUACCUUUAAUAAAACAGAAAACACACCAGUGGUGAUAAAAUCUAACUGGCUCUAAAAAUGGCCAGACGGGGAUUCCCCCUUUACAACGAGUAUAAAUAAGUGAGAUAUAGACUCACAAAUGUUAGCUAAAACGGACACCACUGAAAAGUACUGGAUACUGGGGACCAAAAAGGUUCCCUAGAAAAUUACAGAUAUAAUGUCCGUCUGGGUUAAGCAAUCCUGCCAGAGGUCUGAAAUAGGUACAGUGGGGUUAUUAUAGGUAGCGAUAUAGAGGGAGCCUCGGUGGUGAUAGUGCCCCUGGAGGGAGCAGAGUAGUUGCUAAUGCAGGCUAGUACAUAGGUGUAUAAAUGGACCAUUAGGCCAGGUGGUUAGUUAGGAAGAUAUCAAUGUACAUAUAUAUGCCCAGAGAUAGAAAGGCAUCCAUGUGGAUGUUACCAUAUAACCAAAACCCACCAGACACUGCCCUAUCCACAACCUAGAUAUCUCUGAACUUACUAAACUGUCUCCCAUACAACAGGGUGACUAGGUACACUACCUGCUGCUUCAAGGCAGCCUCAAGGAUAUCCCUCUCGCUGAACCCCCAAACUGACCAAGCUAACCCUGACACGGAUAGAGUAAAGAGUCAAAAAACAACAAAGAAACAAAAUCAAAAAUCAGAAAGAAUGCAUCGGCAUUCUAUAAUGCUCGACGCGCGUUUCGGCGUGUAAGAACGCCUUUAUCAAGAGCAAUGUAAGUUGCCAUAAUACAGACAGUGACUCGAGUAUAAGCCGAGUUGGGGUUUUUCAGCACAAAAAAUGUGCUGAAAAACUCUGCUUAUACUCGAGUAUAUACGGUAUUCUAUUUUCUAGAUGGUCAUGCUUUCUCCCACAAAAUAAACAUCAAAUUGACUUCCUCUUUAGAGAAGCUCCCAGCUAUGCCAUCCUUUCACUUGGUUUACAGUAUGCCAUUACUCCUCUCCUAAGUGUGUGUUUUUUGUUUUUUUUUAACACAUCUGGUGUUCUGUAUAUAACCUAUAUCCUGUUUUACCCACAAAACUAGAAAGAAUUCAUGUGUAGAAAAUGGUAUACAGCUUCACUGAUCUGUUCACAUAAGAUGAUAAAAAUAUUAACUGUAGUUAAUCUGAAGAAAAAUAAAAGGCGAACAAAAUCCAAAAAAUUUCAAAUGUCUAAACUUGUUAAACCACUUUUUGGAGUUCAGGGUUUGAAGAGACUCCCUCUUAGCACAGAAGUAUUUGAUGAAUCCUUUAGAACUCCACCUGUUAAAGGAGUAACUCCCAAAUCUGUUCUCCAAGAGGUUAGGCACACAAGAUAAGUGUUUAUUAAAAAAAAAAAGUCAUUGUUUUAUUAUUUUGUCUUCCUAAUAAUGAUACUGUGGCUGCUUGCUUCCAUAUAUCUCAAUAUGAGAGCUGGUGCAUGCAUACACAUACUUACUCACACCAUGCUCAAACUGACUAUUCUUAUUCUUGAGGAAUCUCUCAAUGCUUAGCCUUACAAACACUCAAUAUAUAAACUAUAUUUGUAUUUUUUGAUUACUCUUUUUCUGUGGCAUUUAGACAUCCGCAAAAAAAACUCUACCUUAAAUGCAAAUUUUUUUAAAAAUAGUGGAACAUAUAAAUUUGUUGCGUUACUAUGUGGUUGUGGGCGAAUUAAACAUUUAGUGUUGUAGCUGCUAUUUUCAUAAAAUCUUAUUUAGCAUAUUUGCGCUGAAAGUUACUUGCAAUCUUUUGACAAGAUAACACACAUUUUUUCCUAUCUAAAAUGCAACCUAAAAAAUUGCUACCAUUGCACAAUGCAAUAGAUUGUUUUAUUCUCUAUUUGAGAAUGUAUCUAUGUGAUACCAUAAAACUUUGACAUAACAGGUAUCUGAAAUAUCUGAAAUAGUUCCCUUUCCAUGAUUGAAAGUGAAUUGAAUAUAUUUCAUAGAAAUCUGUUUUGUUGAAUUCAUAUAUUGGAUUUAAGUGGCUCUCUCAUGUCAAAAUGAAUUCCAGGUUAGUAUUUAUUGAUAUUUACAUUGCAAUACUCAUUAACAUAAAACCUAUAUUUUAUUUCUUACAGGCAGUUAAGAAACAAUUACAGACAUGGAAGGCAGAUGUGGUUCUCAACGAUGGAGCACCCAAUGUUGGAGCGAACUGGAUACAUGAUGCAUUCUCCCAAGGUGGGUAUUCCUCAAAGAAAGACACAAACUUAUGCAAAAAUACUCUUCCUCUUUUAUUUUUUGUAUUUUAUUUCCAUUAUUACAUUUUGUCAUCAUGCCCUUCAUUUUAAUGUUUCAGUACACUUGUCACUUAUGGCACUCCGACUUGCCUGUGACUGUCUCGCAAGGGGUGGCUGGUUCAUCACAAAAAUAUUCCGAUCUUCUGAUUAUCAAUCUCUACUCUGGAUCCUUCAACAGUUCUUCAAGAAAGUGAGCUCAACAAAGCCUCAGGCAUCUCGUAGUGAGAGUGCUGAAAUAUUUGUGGUUUGUCAAGGUAUGUUAGAUGUUGCAAUAUUUAUUGUUCUCAAUAUGGUGCAUCUUUUCUAUCCUUUACACUUCUUUACCUUUAACAUUUUUCUUUUUUUUUUUUACUUCAGGAUUUUUAGCUCCAGAUAAAAUAGACAACCGGUUCUUUGAUCCAAAAUUUGCCUUUAAGGAUUUGGAAGGUCCAGUACAGACGGUCUCACAGCUUGUUUCUCACAAGAAGCCAAAGGUCUGCAUUCUUUUUUGUUUGUGGACAUAACAUAAAGUUAGACAUGUCGGGUGUAUAUAUAUAUUUUUUGUUUUUUUUGUUUAGCAAUUACAUUUAUUCAUGAGCUGUUUUGCAGUUCUUGGUCUUUGUGAGUUCGUUACUGUGUUGCCUGAUUUUGUUCUGCUUUUCAGGCAGAGGGUUAUGCUGAAGGUUCCCUUACACUCUAUCAUCGAGCAUCUUUGAUUAACUUUCUGAGAGCAGAGAACCCAGUCGACUUCUUGUCUAAGACCAGUGAGGUGAGCUUUAUUUUGUUCAUACGAAAAAAACACUGCUAUAGAAAACAUAUAUGAUGCAGUGUAGUGUCACAAAAUAAGUGUGACUUGACAGAAACCGGUCAUUUAUUUUCAGAAUAAGUCUUUAUGCUCCAACUAUUUUUGUUUAGAUUACUCUGGAUGAUCCAGUUUUAGAGAAACAUCCAGCUACAAGUGAUGACAUCCGUGAAUGCUGUCGAGACAUCAAAGUAUUGGGGCGCAAAGAGCUAAGGUAACUAAAAAAAAAAAAAAAAGGAAUAUUAUUGUUAAUCCUCUGAUGAACUAACUCAGACAUGUUCAUUACAAAGCACUAUUUUCUUUUCUGCAGAUCGCUCCUCAGUUGGCGUUCUAAGUUACGAAGAUAUCUUGCCAGGAAGUUGAAAGACGGAAGUAAAGCAUCAGAGAAAGAAAUAGAGUAAGAGCAGCAGUGAUUUUACUGGUCAUUCCUUUAAAUACAUUUUACACUCUGUAUCUUGACUGUCUCCUGCUUUUUCAGAUUUCUGCAAUACACAAUUUGUGUCUUUCUUUUGUACCAGUCUGCAUUUCUACGCAUCUAUUCUAUCAUAGCUGUUGACCUAUUACUUUUAGCAUUGUGCUCUUUUUAUUUAUUUUUUUCUUCCUUCUAGGCUUAGCUCAGGUGAGGAGGAGGAUGAAAAGGAAGCACCACAAAAGGUAGUCGAGAAUAAACCGGAAGAUGAAGAGGAGGAACUUGACAAGAAACUUGCAGAAUUGAAAGCGGAUGAGCUUGCAACACUUAGAAGGUCUGUGAUAUUUAUGUCUAUUGUGUUUGCUACUGGUAACAGUGUAAUGGUAGGGCUCAAAAUUUCUACUCGCCCACUAAAUAUUGGCAAGUGAAAAUUCGCCCCUGUUGAGAUUGCCAUGGAUGCUUUAGGCUUCCAGUGGCGAGUAAUUUUUAGACCUGUCUGGUAGCAAAGGAUUUGUAAUUUCUACAUACAAAGGUAUUAUGACAAAAGGUACUAUGUUUCCAUGGUCUUCACUCUUGAAGGAAGAAAAAACGUUUGCUAAAGGCUCAGCGCCGUCAGAGGGAGCGUGUGGAACUAAAAAUGGAUCUCCCAGGAGUCUCCAUUGCUGAUGAGGGAGAAACUGGCAUGUUUUCACUGCGUACAAUUGGCAAGAGCGAGGUGAGUACUGGAAUGUAUGUAAUUAUUUUGUAUGGUUUUCCCUGACUUUUUCUACAUGAAUGCCACCUGUUAUGGCAUACACUUGCAUACCUCCCAACUCCGGCUUCCAGAGAAUCAGGAUGCCAGUGGGACGGUGGUAAAGGAGGCGGACCAGUGAUGCAAUCAUGUAAACAAACAGGUCUGCCCAAAUUACAGGCAGGGCAGCAUGGCAUGAACGUACGCCAGCCUGCAUGUCAAUCAUUUAAGUCAGCCCUCUAAGGGUAGGCUCUGCCGGGAGCACUGUUUCAGUGCUCUCUGCAGGGUCUUAUUGCCCUGAACGUAAUGGAAACAUGUCCAACGAUGGCCUUGUGCUGUGCUUAUUAGAGACCGUUCCCAAAAGCGGGACACCAGGGAACGAAGUCAGAAAGUUAGGAAAGAACACUAAAGUUUGACUGUCCUGCCAAAAUCGGGAGAAUAGGGAAGCAUGCACUUAUGCCAGUUACAAUAUGGGGCAAUCUUCUCAGCAAAGUGGAAUAUGUUAAUGGUUCAUAAAUUAAUCUCUGCUUUCACCAUAGCUGUCGUUUCUUUUAGUACUUAUUAGCCAAACAAUGUAAUUUAGCUAUUGGGUGGAUGUUUAACGAGGAGUUAAUUGUGCGGGAAUGCUCCUGUCUCAACUUUUUAGUAAAGACUGUUGUGUUCCCAGAUUGUGCUUUUACUGUGUUAUAUUGUAUAUUUUGGUAAGAUUUUCAGGUCCAGGCUCUUCCGUACUUGUAAUUCACAAUCAUUUGCAGCUUUUGCAGACUCUUUCUCGUGGUGACAUGUCCGUUGCAGAUUCUCUCAUAUCAGAUCCAGCCCAUAAUAGUGAAGACAUAUUUCUCUCUGAAGACGAGGGCUCGGAAGGAGAUGAAGUAUCUCUUGCCAGUGACCUUGAUGAUGAUGACAUUCAGGAAGUAAGAGAGCUGGAAAAAGAAACUAAGAUUAUAAGGUAAUCUUAUAAUUUUCACAUAUUUUCACAUUUUGUUUGUUUUCACUAUUCCACUUCAAUAAUUUCUCUACUUCAAGGAAACCUCCCUCUGUUGAUGAGUCUCCUGAUGACAAAGAAGAAGUGAACCCUCUACUUGUUUCUUUGGAGGAAAAAUCAGAACGUCAACAGAGAGAUACAAACCUGUGGUUUGGGAAGGUAAGGCCUAGGGUCAUAACUGAUUUCUACAUUAGACCUUUUUGGGUUGUGCUGUUUUGUAGCAUUGAUUCUAUCUGAAAUAUUCCAGGAUACUAUCUUUUAAGUACAGCACUUGUGUGGUUCAGUGUUUAAGAUAAAAUCUAUCUACUUGGAAUUUACUGUACCUAAGAGUAUGUACAGUGAAUGUAUUGUUUAUAGGAUAGGUUGGUUUUUUUUUUUUGUUGGUUUUUUUUUGUUUCAUGAAACGCAGUGUCAAAAAUUAUAUAAAUGUUAGUGCCCUGUCUGAGUAAGGGGUUCUGAUUUCCUGUUGCUCUCUGGUAGCGUUAGAUGUUGGCAUUUUUGGACUGGAUAGAAUGUGCUAUGGGGAAUGGUUUGAAUUUUGCAAUUGUCUUGCUACAGCAAAUUAUUUCACAUCCUUCUCUUGUAGGGAAUUUUUUCUUCAUUGGAUUUGGACAUUGACGAAGGUUUGGAAAUUGGGCAGACACAGUUGCUACAAGAAAACAGUAAAGGUGAAAACCAAAGUACACUUUGUGUGUAUAUGUAUGUGUGUGUGUGUGUGUAUAUAUAUAUAUAGAUAUAUAGAUAUAUAGAUAUAAUAUCUAUCUAUCUAUCUGUACUUUGCACUCAGGCUUCAAACUUGCCAAACCGGGUGCAUUACCAGGGCUUGAGUAUCCAUAAAAUCAGGUAAUGUGGCUGCACUCACGGAUUUUCAAUAAAAAUGAACUUUUAUUCCAGUUUCUUUUAAAAUUAUUUUAAUUAACAAAAUUUUUAUUUAUUUUUUAUAUAUAUAUUAUUACUGAUCAAAAAAAUAAAGGCAACACUUAAACAACACAAUGUAACUUCAAGUCAAUCAUACUUCUGUGAAAUCAAACUGUCCAUUUAGGAAGCAACACUGCGUGACAAUCAAUUUCACAUGCUGUUGUGCAAAUGGGAUAGACAACAUGUGGAAAUUAUAGGCAAUUAGCAAGACACCCCCAAUAAAGGAGUGGUUCUGCAGGUGGUGACCACAGACCACUUCUCAGUUCCUAAGCUUCCUGGCUGAUGUUUUGGUCACUUUUGAAUGCUGGUUGUGCUUUCACUCUAGUGGUAGCAUGAGACGGAGUCUACAACCCACACAAGUGGCUCAGGUAGUGCAGCUCAUCCAGGAUGGCACAUCAAUGCGAGCUGUGGCAAGAAGGUUUGCUGUGUCUUUCAGCGUAGUGUUCAGAGCAUGGAGGCGCUACCAGGAGACAGGCCAGUACAUCAGGAGAUGUGGAGGAGGCUGUAGGAGGGCAACAUCUCAGCAGCAGGACCGCUACCUCUGCCUUUGUGCAUGGAGGAACAGGAGGAGCACUGCCAAAGCUCUGCAAAAUGACCUCCAGCAGGCCACAAAUGUGCAAGUGUCUGCUCAAACGGUCAGAAACAGACUCUAUGAGGGCCUGACGUCCACAGGUAGGGGUUGUGCUUACAGCCCAACACCAUGCAGGAUGUUUGACAUUUGCCAGAGAACACCAAGAUUGGCAAAUUCGCCACUGGCGCCCUGUGCUCUUCACAGAUGAAAGCAGGUUCACACUGAGUACAUGUGACAGACGUGACAGAGUCUGGAGACGCUGUGGAGAAGGUUCUGCUGCCUGCAACAUCCUCCAACGUGACCGGUUUGGCAGUGGGUCAGUAAUGGUGUGGGGUGGCAUUUCUUUGGGGGGCCGCACAGCCCUCCAUGUGCUCACUAGAGAUAGCCUGACUGCCAUUAGGUACAGAUAGGAGAUCCUCAGACCCUUUGUGUGUCCAUAUGCUGGUGCGGUUGGCCCUGGGUUCCUCCUAAUGCCAGACAAUGCUAGACCUCAUGUGGCUGGAGUGUGUCAGCAGUUCCUGCAAGACAAAGGCAUUGGCCCGCCCGUUCCCCAGACCUGAAUCCAAUUGAGCACUUCUGGGACAUCAUGUCUCGCUCCAUCCACCAACGUCACGUUGCACCACAGACUGUCCAGGAGAUGGCAGAUUUUAGUCCAGGUCUGGGAGGAGAACCCUCAGGAGACUGUCCGCCACCCCAUCAGGAGCAUGCACAGGCGUUGUAGGGAGGUAAUACAGGCACGUGGAGGCCACAUACACUACUGAGCCUCAUUUUGACUUGUUUUAAGGACUUUACAUCAAAGUUGGAUCAGCCUGUAGUGUGUUUUUCCACUUUAAUUUUGAGUGUGACUCCAAAUCCAGACCUCCAUGGGUUGAAAAAUUAGAUUUUCAUUUUUUAAUUUUUGUGUGAUUUUGUUGUCAGCAUUCAACUAUGUAAAGAACAAAGUAUUUCAGAAAAAUAUUUAAUUCAUUCAGAUCUAGGAUGUGUUAUUUUUGUGUUCCCUUUAUUUUUUUGAGCAGUGUAUAUAAUAUUUGUAUAUGAGUAUAUAUCAUCUAUGGAGAAAUAUAGUUUACUUUUAAUUCUUCCUCACUUGCUCCUAUACAGUAGAUAAGCCACAGAAAAAAAGCAAAGAAAAAAAGAAACUGGAACCACAACAAGCUACCAAAGAUAUUGCUGCUGUCCAGAAUUCCACAAAUAACUCAGAAGAAACUAAAGAGUUUCCACAGAACUCCAUAGAGACUGGAGCAGUAGAUAAUGCAGCUGGGGAUCUCAGUGAAUCAGACAGUGACGGCAGUGAGGAUGAAAGGUGAGAUGAAAGAAAAGGGGGAAAAAAACAUGUUCUGAAAAUGUUUUCCGACGUGUAUGGACUGAAAUGUGGCAGUUGAGUAAAGUGAGAAUCUUUACAUUUGUUUUCUCUUAUAGUGACAUUAAGUCCAUGAAAAAGAGGCUUGGGAAGAGAAAAGGGCAAGAGGACGAGACGGAUGACUUUGAAGUAGUUCCAAUAGAACGCCCAGGUCUGUGCAUAGUAAAUGUUUUAUUCUUUCUUACAACUUGCCCUCUCACUCACAGCUCUUCAAAUAUGUUAACGAUUAACCCACCACUGUUAGAUUUUAGCUUCCAAUAUCCUAUGUCACCAGUCCCAGUCAUCUACCUCGUGCAGGUGCUAUAUGAUGCAAGAUACUGGCACCACAAAAUCGUUAAAAGUAGUGCGGACAUCCUCACAAUUCUGUGACUUUUGAAGCAUAACCACCACCACCACUCAGCAGCACUGUCACUCUGCAGGUUUUGUUUUUAAAAAAAUUUUUUAUCCCUCUGUUCCUCCUUCCCAUUUUUUAGUUCACCUAAUUAACCUCUGUUUUAUUUAGUUAUGCAUAACUGAGCACCUGCCCUGUAAAGACUUCUCAUUGAGUUGCAUUUGGAAGUCUGUGAUGGAACAGCCACAGAAUGUUUAGCUGUGGAAAACAGGGCAGGGCUUGCUAAGGUUGUUACAAGUUAUUACAAGCCGUUUGUAGAUAUACCCCAGUUAAGUUUAUCGCGGGGCAGUAGUGAGUCCCUCACACUAAAGGCUAAACUGUAGACAUAGGAAAGCAAAAUGACAGAGUACAGAUAUUCAGAUUUGGCACAAAGAAGAAAAGGUAAAAUAAAUUAAGGUGGGUGGGAGAAGUAGUAUAUUAAUUAUAUACAGGUGAAACUCGAAAAAUUAGAAUAUCAUGCAAAAGUUCAUAUAUUUCAGUAAUGCAACGUUAAAGGAGAAACUAAUAUAUGAGAUGCAUUACAUGCAAAGCAAGAUAGUUCAAGCUGUGAUUUGUCAUAAGUGCCAUGAUUAUGGCUUACAGCUCAUACACACGUACGCCUGUGUACUGCUGCGAAUCUCUCAUAGUCUACAUUCGUGGAAACCAGGUCUGUCAGCUCCCCUGCGGAUGGGAUCAGUACUGAUCUCCAGUUUCUAGCUAGCAAUGUUGCCGCCGCUACCAUUAUUUUGAAACGUCAGUUUGCGAAUGGCCUUCGAAAGGUUAUGUGGCAUGAUGUGCAGGAGGUACGUUUCUACAGACAGUGGCACCUGCAUCCCUGUACUUUUAGUGACUAGCUCUCCCACCCCCGACCAGAUUGGUUUUAUUAGUGGGCAUGUCCACCAGAUAUGGAGUGUGUCUCCGGGGGACCCCUGGCAUCUCCAGCAUUUGUUAUCUGUUGUUUUGUACAUUUUGGAUAUUUAAUUGGGUGUCCGGUACCACCUGUAUAGUAGAUCUCAAAAUGUGAGGCACAAGACUAUAAGCCUCUGUGCGCUGCGAAGGCCCUACUCUACUCUUGAGGUGUCAGGUCCCUCCCUAGGUCUUUGUGCCACUCUUUCUGAAACACCCACAGCUGUGCUUGUGGUUCUUCUAUAAGCGUGGAGUAGCAAAAUUAGAGAUUUUUCUGCUGUUGCAUAUUAAGACUUUUGUGUUUGAACUGUGUCAUAUGUUCUAUCUUGUUCUCUCUCCUGUUCUGUCGUUUCUCCCCCCUGAGUGUGUGGUUCAUUUGGAGAUACGAGAAUUGGGCCGUGUGUGGGAGAUGGAAUUGCGUCUUCAGGUCUGGGAAGCUCAUCUGGUAACUCAUCAGGUCUGGUGCAACCUGAUGAGUUGGUGUAUGUGAGUCACAUCGUGUGCUGCCCAUAUCUUGAAAUUGAAUGAAGGGUUCAGUAUGUGUAGGGUUUUCAGCUGGGUUGCAGGGUACCAACUCGUUGCAGAGCACACCCUAAAUCUGUUUUUGUCCCAUACAGAAAGCAUGAGUCUGGUGGUCGGUAACAUCUUGGGGGUGUGGGGUCUUUUGGGUGCCCACAAAAAGUGUGGCAGGUGUUUCCCAUCUAGUCUGUGUCUCUAGAGCCACCCGUUGAGGGGUCUGAAUUUGGGAGUGGCACACGAGAACAUUGGCUAACUGUGUGGCCCUGUGGUAUUCUCUCACAUUACGGUGUGAGACAGGAGCCUCCAGGGGACCCUCGGCUUCCUACUUUGCCAGCCAAAUUUCAUGUAGGUCGUCUGUAGGGCCUUAAGGAACUUGGAAGGGACAUUAAUUUGUAGUGAGGAACAGGUACAGAAGUUUUGGUAAUACCACCAUUUUGAUUGCUGCGCAUCUGCCCACACAGGACAGGUAUUUCCCCUCCCAUGUCUAUAGUGGGUUUUCUAUCAAUGUGUGCAGUUUCUGAUCGUUUAUUGUAAAUAAAGAAUUUUGUGAUUUUGUCAGUCUGAUGCCUAGAAAUGUGAGGUAAUCUUGUCUCCAGUCAAAGUUAAACGCCCCGCGGAGUCGUUCCAUGGUGUCCCCCUCAAUACCUAUUCCCACCGCUUGAGUUUUUGUAACAACUGAGUUUAUAAUAGGAUUGUGUGCUAUAAUUCUGCAGUUCUUUUUGGAGGUUGAGAAGUGAUAUGGUUGGUUGGGAUAAUGUUAGCAAGACAUCGUAUGCGAACAGGUUGAGUUUGUAUUCGCGACCCCCUAUCAAAAUGCUGUGUGUUUUGGGGUUGGGUCUGAUCGCUUGUGCUAGCGGUUCUAGAGCAAGUACGUAAAAGAGUGGCGACAGGUGGCAGCCCUGUCAAGUGCCAUUGGAAAUGGUGAAUGGGUCAGACUGGAACCCUGAUGUUGAUACGAGGCAUUUGGGAGGCUGUACAGGGCCUUAAAGGACCACUAUAGGCACCCAGACCACUUCAGAUCAAUGAAGUGGUCUGGGUGCCAGGUCCAUCUAGGGUUAAUCCUGCAGCUGUAAACAUAACAGUUUCAGAGAAACUGCUAUGUUGACAUUAGGGUUAAUCCAGCCUCUAGGGGCUGUCUCUUUGACAGGCGUUUCCACGCUUCUCACUGUGAUUUUCACAGGGAGAAGACUCCACCGUCCAUAGGAAAGCAUUGAGAAAUGCUUUCCUAUGGACUGACUGAAUGCGCUGCUGCUCAUGCGCAUUCGGCGGAUGACGUCGGAAGAGGUAGAGUCCCCAGCGCCGAGGGAGCCUGGCGCUGGAGAAAGGAAUUUAACCCCUUCUUCCCCCUUCAGCCUGGCGGGAGUGGGACCCAGAGGGUGGGGGGGACCCAAAGACACUGCAGAGCCAAUAAAGUUUGUUUUCCUGGCACUAUAUUGGUCCUUUAAUAGCUGUCAGAUAUUCGUGCGGAAAGUCAAAUUUCGUAAGGACUGCAUCUAGAAAAAGCAAAUUCAGUCUGUCAAAUGCUUUCUCUGCGUCGAGGGAGAUUGAGUCCCUGGGUCCGGUCCAUGUUGAUUGUUUGUAAAAUGUCUACCACCUUCCUUGUUUUAUUUGUCCCCUGUCUCCCAUGUACAAAGCCCACCUGGUCAUCUGAAAUGAUUGUGUGGAGGAUGGUUUUAAGUCGGGUGGCCAGGAUUUUGGCGUAUAAUUUAGUGUCUGAAUUCAGUAAUGAUAUUGGGCGGAAGUUUUGGCAGUGCGUUGGUGCUUUGCCUGGUUUUGGGAGGGUGAUUACCCUAGCUGCUAGGAAUUCCGAGGGAAAAGUCCCUGUAAGGAUCGUGUUGUUAAAUGCGGUGUGGGGUUAAAAGGUGUUUGAAUUUUGUGUAGUAUGCGUUCGUGUACCUGUCGAGGUAUGGAGCCUUCCCUUUGUGUAGGGAGUUAAUGCAAUCCAAUAUUUCGUUCUCCGUGCUGGGGGCUGCUAGGGUUUGCUUUUGGGUUGCGGUCAGGUUUGAUAUGGGAAUCUCCGCCAGGUUAGGUCCCUAUACUUGCGGCUGAGGUAUUUGGGUCAUCUUAAGGUUAUAGAGCUGGCUGUAGUAUUGUGCGAACUCCGUGCAUAUCUUUGCAGGUAGAAGUUUUUGUCCCUCCUUGUUUACUAUGUGAGCUAUUCGUGUUUGUUGUUGUCUGUGGGCUCAGAUGGGACGUCACCUCACUGCCCCUGCUGUUAAAGCGCCCUAAUUGGUGCUGCUUCCCAUGCAUUUGUCAUUUAGCCACAUGAGCAUUUACCCUGUACAUACAGGGAGUGCAGAAUUAUUAGGCAAAUGAGUAUUUUGAGCACAUCAUCCUCUUUAUGCAUGUUGUCUUACGCCAAGCUGUAUAGGCUCGAAAGCCUACUACCAAUUAAGCAUAUUAGGUGAUGUGCAUCUCUGUAAUGAGAAGGGGUGUGGUCCAAUGACAUCAACACCCUAUAUCAGGUGUGCAUAAUUAUUAGGCAACUUCCUUUCCUUUGGCAAAAUGGGUCAAAAGAAGGACUUGACAGGCUCAGAAAAGUCAAAAAUAGUGAGAUAUCUUGCAGAGGGAUGCAGCACUCUUAAAAUUGCAAAGCUUCUGAAGCGUGAUCAUCGAACAAUCAAGCGUUUCAUUCAAAAUAGUCAACAGGGUCGCAAGAAGCGUGUGGAAAAACCAAGGCGCAAAAUAACUGCCCAUGAACUGAGAAAAGUCAAGCGUGCAGCUGCCACGAUGCCACUUGCCACCAGUUUGGCCAUAUUUCAGAGCUGCAACAUCACUGGAGUGCCCAAAAGCACAAGGUGUGCAAUACUCAGAGACAUGGCCAAGGUAAGAAAGGCUGAAAGACGACCACCACUGAACAAGACACACAAGCUGAAACGUCAAGACUGGGCCAAGAAAUAUCUCAAGACUGAUUUUUCUAAGGUUUUAUGGACUGAUGAAAUGAGAGUGAGUCUUGAUGGGCCAGAUGGAUGGGCCCGUGGCUGGAUUGGUAAAGGGCAGAGAGCUCCAGUCCGACUCAGACGCCAGCAAGGUGGAGGUGGAGUACUGGUUUGGGCUGGUAUCAUCAAAGAUGAGCUUGUGGGGCCUUUUCGGGUUGAGGAUGGAGUCAAGCUCAACUCCCAGUCCUACUGCCAGUUCCUGGAAGACACCUUCUUCAAGCAGUGGUACAGGAAGAAGUCUGCAUCCUUCAAGAAAAACAUGAUUUUCAUGCAGGACAAUGCUCCAUCACACGCGUCCAAGUACUCCACAGCGUGGCUGGCAAGAAAGGGUAUAAAAGAAGAAAAUCUAAUGACAUGGCCUCCUUGUUCACCUGAUCUGAACCCCAUUGAGAACCUGUGGUCCAUCAUCAAAUGUGAGAUUUACAAGGAGGGAAAACAGUACACCUCUCUGAACAGUGUCUGGGAGGCUGUGGUUGCUGCUGCACGCAAUGUUGAUGGUGAACAGAUCAAAACACUGACAGAAUCCAUGGAUGGCAGGCUUUUGAGUGUCCUUGCAAAGAAAGGUGGCUAUAUUGGUCACUGAUUUGUUUUUGUUUUGAAUGUCAGAAAUGUAUAUUUGUGAAUGUUGAGAUGUUAUAUUGGUUUCACUGGUAAUAAUAAAUAAUUGAAAUGGGUAUAUAUUUGUUUUUUGUUAAGUUGCCUAAUAAUUAUGCACAGUAAUAGUCACCUGCACACACAGAUAUCCCCCUAACAUAGCUAAAACUAAAAACAAACUUAAAACUACUUCCAAAAAUAUUCAGCUUUGAUAUUAAUGAGUUUUUUGGGUUAAUUGAGAACAUGGUUGUUGUUCAAUAAUAAAAUUAAUCCUCAAAAAUACAACUUGCCUAAUAAUUCUGCACUCCCUGUAAUGUAGGCUAUCAGUAAAAACAAAGUAGUAGUGCAUAUUACCCACUCCGGAUCAGUGUCCGUACUGCACAGAUCCGCACAGUUCAAUGGGACCUUGUUGUAGAAUUAAUGUCCACAGUGCUCCCCUACGGAGCUAGGACCAAAGUGUGUCGGGAGGGUGACACUUGUCGCCUUCAUUUUCCUGUUGUCUUGGAGGCUUUGGAGUGCCUGACGGUCUUCCAUUCCGGUUGGAGCUCUGUCUGCCUUUUGGGACUUUCUCCCGAAGUCGGCAUUAAUGCCCCAGCUGCGCAGCAGGCAGGUGCCUGCCUCCACGUCCGCGGCCACAUGUCUUGCCUUCUCUUGUAAUCAGCAACUUUAUCGGAAAGCUCCGACGUUAUGUCCCUGAAUGCCCUUCUGCACCGAAGUGUUCCUGCGGAGAGAUGUGCAAACACUUGGAUGGGCCUAUACUGCUCUGGUAAGUCAUGUUGCGGCCGUUUGGAGUGGAGAAGAGCCUCUUUAACGUUAAGGUAAUUUAAUAAGCACAUCUCUUUUGGUAGAUGUGCGUAAGUGUUGUGGCUUCGCCUCCCUGUGUGUCCUGUCCAUUAGGAACAUAACAGUUGGUAUGUCGGGGGGCUAAGGCCUGAAAUAGACCCGUGAGAUAUGCUAUUAGGUCUGCGGCCUGUAUGUCUUCAGGAACCCCUCUUACCUGCAGGUUUUGACGCCGGGAUCUGUUUUCCAGGUCCAUAUUUUUCAGUUCCUGUUUUUCAGCCGUUCUUCCAUCUCUUCCAUUUUUGCCUCGAAACUGUUAUGUGCUUCGGCGUAAUCCGCCAUCUUGCUUUCCAUGUGGGCCGUGCUGUUAACAAGAUCAAUGAUAUCUCGCCGGAGAUCUGCAAUUGCUGACUGCACUAUGGUUUGAAUUUUAACCGCCAUGUCGUCCAGCAUUUUCUGGAACUGCUCCCCCUGUUUAUGCAUAGUGUCCUGUGGGGAUUGCGGCCUAGACAAGUCCCUGGUGUCUCCACUGCCGUCGCUAUCUUGUUGUGUCUGCACAGCCGUCCUCAGACUCGCCGGUUUUUCUGCAAAGAAGGAGUGUUUCUCCUUGGCCCCCUUUGUGACAUGGUGGGUACACCAGUUGUGUGGGGUGGUUUGUGCUGUUUAGCCACUGUUAUACUCGCUUAUUUAGCACAAAAAAAAAAUGGGAGUUAACUGGAUCAGAGAUCGUGAUUAGGACAUCGUCUGCAUAUAAGCUAAUCUUUAUGUCCCUUUGACUCAAUGGAAAUCCUUUAAUGUUUGGAUUAUCUCUAAUUUAUGCAGCUAGUGGUUACAUUGUUCUUAUAUUGAAUUUAAGGGAAAGAGGGCAACCCUGUUUCCUUCCAUUUCCCAAGGAGAACCAAUCAGAGCCAACAUUUAGUCCCACUGUUCUGGCUGUUGGGAGACUGUAUAGAGACAUAAUAGCUUGAUGUAUCCAUCCUUUGAUUCCAAAGCUUAAUAGAGAGCGACUCAUAAAAUCACAACUGAUUUUGUCAAAUGCUUUUCAUGCGUCAAGUGACAGUCAGGAGGGAUUGACCAGAUUUACUUACUGGGGGUGACUUACUACCGUUCAUCCAGAGAAUUAUGGCACAUAUGGGCCUAGCUGGAGACGCAGACCCGCCACUCAUCAUGUCCUCCUACCGGGUGCGGAAAUCAGUGAUGGCGCUGGCGGAGGUCCCUAGAGAUACCAUUACAUAGAGGUGAAAACUGCAAGUCCAGGUCAAUGGGAAACGUUACCUUUGAAAACUGUACAGUGUCCAUAUACAAUGACCUCCCAUGUACAGUCCUGGUGGGGAGAAGAAAACUGGCACCAGUUGCCAAAAAACUCAGAGACCACUUCAUCAGGUACAGAUGGACUCCGGGGGGGAACACUUGAAAUAUCUCUUAUGGAUAAAACACUCACUUUCUCGGAGGAAAACCAAGAGACUCUGUACCACGAACUGCAAAUACCAACCUCCUCCACAGGCAAUACUCCAGAAAUGGGUCGGACCCCAGCAGGGAAAGACGAUACAGGAAGGGGAGACACCAGGGGCAAGAAGAGCAGAGCUGACAGCCUAGCUGCAGCAAAGAAAUCACGGGCAUGGACAGAUGCCAACUCCGCAUGGGAGCAUCCCGCCCCACCUAGCACUACCCUCGGCACAAAUGAAGCACAUCUGGUCCUGGUGUUUUAGAUAAUUGGAGAGAAACAAAAAUGGUCUACGCUGAGUAACCAAACCAGGAUGGUAGUAGCCCAGGGUAAGGGUCCCUCAAAAACCCUUAGGGGUAGUCACAAAGGUAUGGUAGGGCAGCGCCACAAACUUUGAGUGAAUAUUGAAAAAAAUAUAUAUAUAUUAUUUUCUUUUUAAGGGUACUUUUGGAUCAAGUGCAUUCUCUUGAGGCUAGGAGGGUGCAGAUCUUCACUUCUCGUUGACCGUAGUAUACAGAAAGGGACUACAAGAAGUGAAGAGUGCGUUAAAUCUCAGAGUAUAGAUAUAGCAUUAAAAUAGUAGGGUUGCACUCACAUGUGGUGGAGCUUAGGCCAGCUUUGGUGUGUAUAGCAUACAGCGGUAUGAUCCCCCACUGACUGAUAUAAUGCGGGUGUUCUGGGACUUGAGGGAUGUCGAGACCCAAAAUGACAAAGGCAGCAAUAGUGCUCUCAAUAAUAUAUAGGUAAGCAGUCACAGUGGUUAUAGGGUAACACUCACAUUUGUUAGAGCUUAAGCCAGCUCUGGUGUGUAUAGCAUACAGCGGUAUAAUCCCCACUUAAAGGAAAUUGUGUAAGUGUUCUUAAAGAUGGGGCUGUCUGGAACCCAAAACUACAAGAAGUAAAAGGCAGCGAUAGUGCUCUCAAUAAGAUAGAGAGAAUAUAUAUAUAUUUUUUUUUUUUUUUAAAUAGGAUAAAAUGAGAAUAUACUCAGAGAGAGAGAGCAGGCUAACUGCUCUAUGAUGACCGCAUUGGUGGAUUGAUCCCCCACCUAGGAUUCUUUGGAGUACAGGAAAAAAGUAAUGGUUGCCAGGGAGAAUAAAAAUAAGGUAUAAAAUAAUAAAAAUAGUAAAAGGAUAAUAAGAUAGUUGCACAAUAGAAGGUGACCAAAAUCAAUUAGUAAAAAAAAACCCAGCAAUAAUAUACAUAAACGCGUUUCACCGAAAUGGCUUUAUCAAUAGAGUACUGGUUUUUACUCCAUUGAUAAAGCCAUUUCUGUGAAAUGCGUUUGGAUGUAUAUUGCUGUAUUUUUUACUAAUUGAUUUUGGUUUAAGUGUACACGAAUUACUGAUUUUGUAGGUGCACCAAUUAUUCAGUAUAGAGGUUUACAUUGGAUCAUUUUUUUUGCAAAAAGCAUUAAAUGUCCUUGCUUAUGAAUUCUACGUUUUUUUGUUUUUUUUUCUUUAUUGUUGAGCAAUAAAUCAUUAAUUCUCCAAGGGGGUAUUUUAUUAAAUGUGUGAGCGCUUUUAAAUUCCAAUAGGACAAUAUUGUGAUCUGACUAAACAUUUUCUUUAAUUUCGCUUUUAAGGACUCUAUUCAUCAGAGAGAUUUUACCUCAAAUCAUAUCUAUUCUUGAAUAAGACAAAUGUACUCUAUGAUGGGUGUAGUGUCCGCCAUACAUCAUAUAGAUCAAAACUGAGAGAUUUUGUUAAUGCUUUAGCUUGUUUAAUUAUUUUAUUACGAGAAACUUUUUAUUAGUUUUGUAUCUUUAGAAAUGUCCAAUGCGCAAUUAAAAUCUCCUGCUACAAUAUAGCUUUGUUUUGAUUUCCUCUGCUUUUUGUAGUAUCUUGUUUAAAUAACAGACUGGAGAUAUAUUAGGGAGGUAUAUGUUGAUUAUGGUAUAUGGCUUAUCUGUUUCCUGCAUUUUUAUUUUAUUCUCCACAAUUUUUGAAGUGAUGGAAAUUAUUUUAAUCUUCAGUAUAUAUUAUUGUAUCUUCUUGUUCUGCUGUCUGUUUGCAGUGAAACGAUCUCGUGUCCUUAGCCCAGAAGGCCUUGCUCUUGGAACAGUCAUUGCUACAUCAAAAAAAUCUACAAGGGAUAUAGUUGACAAUUCCUUCAAUAGGUUAGUUUUUGUUCAGUUUAAAAUUUUGCUGUAUGCUUAGUUGGUGAAAAGUAGGCUGUACUUUUUGCAUUCUCACUUCUUUAUAGCAUAAUCUAUGUUUUGCAAAAUUCUGCACUAUACGCCUACCAGAAAGACUCCCUUAUGAAAGGAACUCAAAAGAAAGGGACCAUAUAUAGACAAAAUGUAAUUUAAAAAAAAAAAUGUACAUUUCGUGAUCUUAAAGAAGGGUGCAAUUGCAGUAAUGUACAAUAUGUGUCUGAAUAUAGUUUCACCCUAAACCGCAAUAAAACAGUAAAAUGUGGCUUACGAGUAUUUGCUUCUAUGUUUUUCCCUCAACCAAUAACUGACACCAGCUUCCUUGUGUUUUGUGUAAUCCUUAGGCAACAUCCCCAUAAUUGAUUUAGCAAAUCGUAUUUAUUCUGGGAGGCCUACCUUUGGUUGAAAGCUUAGCAUGAUACGGGGGAGCAGAGAGAGAGGAGUAAAGCAAUUCUUCAUUUUCUUGCACCAAGAAAUUGAAAAGUUCAUUUAAAUUUAUGUUGAAUUUUUAAAGGGGCACCCAAGGCUGGAGUUGAUCCAUUUUAGACAAUGCAUAAAAUUAGCAUUUGCAAAUGCAACCAGUCAGAUAAAAAGUAGGAUACUCCCUUCUUUUUGUACAUAUACCCAUGCAAACUACAUAAUCUAUUUAAAGCUAGAAAGUAGCUUAUUGGUCUAUGGAGUCUGAAUUGUUGUAUAUAUUUAACACUGUACUGGAAGGCUUAACAAGUGGGGAUUUCAAAGCUCUCUACUUUCUAUUUAUGAAAGCUGUCAUCUGAACUGUAACUCAAUCCUCUCCUUUAUACUGGAGUCAAUAUAUAAUUUUUUUUAAAACUAAUAUUAGAUAUGCCUUUAAUGAAGAAGAGGAUGAGCUUCCUGACUGGUUUGUGACUGAGGAAAAAAAGCACUGUAUAAUUCAGGUUCCUGUGAACAGACAGAUGAUGGAGGAAUAUCGCAAGAGGCAACAAGAGCUCAAUGCUCGUCCAAUCAAAAAAGUGGCAGAAGCAAAAGCCAGAAAAAGGAGACGGGUAAGGCAUUAUGGGACACAUAACAUCUUGACAAAUAAAAUAAGGAUGUACACUAAAUGAGGAAUAAAAGUGAACAGGCAAUUUCAUUGUUAUUCAUUAACUCCUUAGUGACUAGACCACUUUUAAAUUUUCUUACAGUUAAGGACCAGGGUAAUUUUUACACUUCAGCUGUGUUUUUGUUUAGCUGUAACUUUUCUCUUACUCAUUUACUUUACCCACACAUUAUACCACUUUUCUCGCCAUUAAAUGGUCUUUCCACAGAUACUAUUUUCAUCAUAUCAUAUAUAAUUUACUAUAAAAUAAAUUAUAAAAUAUGAUAAACUUUUUCGAACCGUUAAACACCUGUGCUAAAUAGUUUAUAAAUUUUGUCCUGCGUUUAGAAAUACCCAAUGUUAACAUGUUCUUAGUUUUUUUUUUUUUUGCAUGUUAUAGGGCUACAAGUACAAGUAGGACAUUGCUGUUUCAAAAUUAUAUAUUUUUUUACAUUUAUAGCGAUAUUGUAAUACUGUUAUCUGUCAUAAAUCUCUGAAUCACACCUCACAUGUACAUUUUUUUUUUUUAGUACACAACCCAGGGUACUUAAUAUGGGGUAUGUCCAGUCUUUUUUAGUACCCACUUAGUCACAAACACUGGCCAAAGUUAGCAUUUCUAUUUGUUUGUGUUAAAAAUACAAAAAACAAUUAUGAACGCUAACUUUGGCUAGUGUUUGUGACUAAGUGGUAAAACGUAUUACAACAAUAUCAUCAAUGAAAGUGCCGUGUGUGUGUGAAAAAUGCAAAAAACUUCACUUUCACUGACAAUAUCAUCGUUGUGAUAUGUUUUACUGUUUUGAAACACUAAUAUUUGUGUUCAGCGACGUCUACCGAGUAAAACAGUACCCAUGUACAGGUUUUAGGGUGUCUUGGAAAGUUACACGGUUAAAUAUAGUGCUAGCAAAUUAAAUUCUCUGGACUUUCGGCCUGGGUUGUUAGGCAAGUCCCCCAAAUUGAAUUCAAUAAAAUUACUCAAUUAUGUAAAAAUAUUACAUAAAUAUGCAAGUAGAAUCUGGUAAGACAACUUCUUUCAGGCAGAGAAUUCCACAUCUUUAGUCUUACUGUAAAGAACCAUUUCCUCUAUUUUAAAUGAAGUCUCUCUUCCAGUCUGUUUGUAACCUAUUGUCUAUUGUAUAUUCCUGCUAAUGAACAGGUUAGCAAAUAGUUGUUUAGAUACUGACAUUAUAUAUAUUUCUAUAAUGCUAUCAUAUCAGGUGCCCUCUUCUUUUAAAAAAAAAAAAAAAAUUAUUAUUUUUCUCUCUAGCAUUUCCUCAUAAGUUUUCCGCCCACUUACUAAUUUUGUAGCUCGUCUCUGCACUUUUUCUAGUUCUGCAAUGUCCUUCUUUAAGAUGGUGCCCUAAAGUGCACAGCAUAUUCAAGGUGGGGCAAAAAUAUAUUUUUAACAUGUAAAUCAAUACCCCUUUUUAUUCACGAAAGCACCUUACUAGCUUUUGCAACAGCAGACCAACAUUGCAUACUGUUGCCUAGUUUGUGAUCUAUAUCCCAAGCCCUUUUAAUGUUUUACCUCUUUCAUGUAGAAGUGGCCUGUGCCACAAAUUCAUGACUUUACAUUUAACUGUAUUAAAUCUCAUCUGCCCUUUGCCUGCCCAGUCCCCCAAUUUAUCCAAAUCACUUUGUAGAGAAGUUGUAUCAUGUUCAGAUGGUAUUUGAUUACCUAGUUUUGUGUCUUUUGCAAAAAGACAAAUUACUUUCAAUGCCCAUUUGAAGUGAAGUGGACCUAGCACAGAAUCAUGUGAGGAUAUUUAUGGGGUGAUAAUUAAAAAAAUAUUUUCAUAAAAAUUAUCAAAAAUGAAUUUAAUUUUUAUUAUAUCAAAUGUAUAUAUUGGCACUGUUCCAAGAUUCUAUUAAUUUAAAGCAAAGGGUUACCUGCGAUUUUUAUCCCUUAUAGAUCCUGGAGUACAUUUAUCAGAGGAUUUAUAUUUCACACAUUAAUCACGAACUAAUUAUAAAAAUAUAAUUUAUUGUGACUAAUAAUAUGUUACAUGCGUGAUAACAAUCAGUGAAUUAAGUAGUUUAAAAUAAUUAUACAAAAUGGCAAUGGUGUAACACAAUUUACAGAUAGCUAAAUCUAGCAACAUUUAUAUUGACAUGUAUACAGUUUUCAGCAAGAUUUAUGUUUUGCUAAACAUUCCUUAACACUAUCAGUUUGAAAUUUCUUUACACAGAACUCUUCCCAUCAUCACAGCAGCACAGAGCAAUAAAAACUUGCUGACAGUCUGACUCACUGAAUUAACUUUCUCACUGCUGGUUACAAUUCUCACUGGGGAAUAAUCGGAUCAAUUAAUCAUGCCUUCCAUCCAAUAAAAACCAAGAAUAUCCUAACAGAUUUUACCUUGCAGAGGAUUAGACUUCCUAAUUAAGAUUUACUGUUUCUAAAUUUCGUAAGCUAAUAUAUCUGGAUAAUUGCCGGCUAUUUUUAAAGUUAAAAGUGAUAUAGAAUUAAUUGGUCCACCUGCAGGAAUGGAAUUACAAAUUUUAUAUAUUAACGAAUCAUUGGAUGUCCCACGCCCAAUGUUCCUCUCUCUCCUUUGUCCUUAAUUUUUAAAGGAGAAUUUCUCUAUACGUCACUAGUUGACAGUGACCAAUAGAGUAAGGUGGGCGUAUCUUUCCUGCAGACUCAUCUAGAUUUGGGUCAGUAGAUGGUGCAAUUACAUCACAGAAAGUUCUUGUCAGGGGGUGCAUUUACUAUUUUGUAUAAUGGGUUAACUGAAUUUCGUGAUACGUUUUGAUAUCAUCUGGGCUAUCUUUAUGAUACCGAUUUGUCAAAAGCUGUCAAUCUUCAAAGGCUUUUCAAAAGUCUGACGGUCUCCUUUUGGACUAUAAAAUUAGAUUUUUACAUGUCCUUGGUUUCACCCUCUUAAUACAAUGUAACUUUGUAUCAUCAGAUCCAUAAUAUUUUAAAAGUAAAUUAAUUACUUUAGUGUUGUAAAAUUUCUUCUGUGACUGCUUUUCUUGUGUGAAACGGUUUAUAGCCCUUAGUAAUUUUAUACAUGUCUAUUACACAUAGUCCACUAACGUUAGUAAAUAAUGGCAUUUCUUAAUUGUUAUUAUAUCCAUGAAUAUUCUAAUGUUAACUAUUUCUAUUUAUAUAUAAUUAUAUAUAGUUAUAUGUAUAUUUGUGUCUGAGUUGUUGUUUUUUCAACCCCCCUUCUGCUUCAAACAUCAAGUCUUAUCUCUGCCAAUGUUUACAUUAGAUGCAUUCCUCUGCUCAAUGCUGAAUUGAGUAUAGAGAGAAAAAAAGGGAAUGUUACAAAAUGGAGUCAUCUCUGUUCUGAUGGUGACUUACAGUAUACAUUUUUAAUUUCUAUCUUAACACAAAAUGUCUGCCAGUGUAGAUACCCUGACAAUCCUGAGGCACUUUGCUUACCACUUUUGUUCAGUUUUCCAUUUACAACUCCUCUCUACACUCUAGCCUUAAAGGAACACUGUGCACCCACACCACUUCAGCCCAUGGAAGUUGUCUGGGUGCAAACACACAUCACCCUUAACCAUGAGCAUAUAACAGAGUUUAUAAAAACUGUAAUAAUUACCUGCUGGUGUUAACUCCAUCUAGCAGCUGUCUCCCAGACAGCCACUAGAGGGAUUUCCUGGUGCUUAGACGACUUUUGGUCGUCUAAACGAAGCUGGACAUCCUCACGCUAUGCAUGAGGACUUUCAGCGUCGCCGGAAUCCCCAUGGGAAAGCAUUGAAUAAUGCUUUUCUACGGGGAGAUCCUAAUGCGAGCAUUUCCGUACAUGCACAUUAAGUCUCCACCAAUAGUAGCUGGCGGCGGGGGAGGAGCGUGGGCGGAGCAGGACCCAGUUAAAUGAUAGAAGGCGUUGUUAACCCCUUCUGCACCACGGGGGGAUUAGAGGGUUUUGACAAAGGGGGAAUCUAUAGUGCUAGGAAAACUAGUUUGUUUUCCUGGCACUAUAUUUUCCUAUUAAGCUAGUGUUCUAUCAAAUAUCUUCCUUUCUUCGCCUUCGAUUUGCACUUUGUCUCCUUUGUAGAUGAUGGAAAUGUUUUUGUUUUUUAAUUUAAACAGAUGCUUAAGAAAAUGGAGCAAGCCAAGAAGAAGGCUGAAGCUGUGGUUAACACAGUUGACAUCUCCGAGAGAGAAAAGGCUGCACAGCUACGCAGGUGAAGUAUCUUUUACAUUCCUACCCCUCCUCAGUCCAAAUUUUCAUACAUCUAAACAUAUUAUGAUAGAUAUUUGAUAGGAUUUUCAUUGAAAUUUCAUUGGUGACACAAACACUUUCAGUACAUGUAAAGUGCCAGUUUAAAACAAAUUUAUUUUUGUUGUCCAGAACUUAUUUUUAUAUUUUUCUAAAAUUUUAAAGCAGCUUUGUCACUUCUUAUUUUCAAAGAUAUAAUCUUUAAAAACUAAAAUGGUCAUUCUGACUGCUGGAACUGCUUUUGAAAUUCCUAAACGGACCAAAGAGAUCGUAAGACAAAAAGUGACUACUUUCUCUUAUGGGCAAACCUGAAAUUGCCAAACUGUGAGCAUCGCUGUCAACUUUUUUUCAAAUACAUGCAGCUGUUGUGGGAAUCAGGCAUCCUCUCAUUUAUCGUGAGUAGUGAUGUCCCGAAUGGUUUGCCGCGGACUCAUCAUUGAGUAAACUUUGACCCUGUACCUCACAGUCAGCAGACACAUUCCAGCCAAUCAGCAGCAGACCCUCCCUCCCAGACUCUCCCACCUCCUGGACAGCUCACUAAGAAUGCAGCUUCAAAAUGGAUGCUGUCCAGGAGGUGGGAGGGUGGGUCUGCUGCUGAUUGGCUGGUAUGUGUCUGCUGACUGUGAGGUACAGGGUCAAAGUUUACUCAAUGAUGAGUCCGCGGCGAACAGUUUAGCGAACCGUUCGGGACAUCACUAAUCGUGAGAUGUGAUCUAUGGAGGCUAUGAUCUCAACGCAUUCUCUGUAGACCUCAGUGUUGUACUCUCGUGGCAGCACCAGAAGCAGAGGUCUAGGUAGCAGAUGGUAGCAGCCGUAAGAGACAGUCUCAUGUAAAUAGAACUAUCUUCCACAGCCACCACAAUCUAAGUGGAGAUUGUUCCGCAUUAAAAGUUUCAGUACAAAUAGGCACUGUUUCAUGAACUAAUUUAGGAACAGCCCCCUGGCUGCCAGGAGGGCUUGCCGAUUCACUUGGAGAUUUUCCACAGGGAAGCAUUAGUCUUAUGCUUCCCUUUAGGAGGCAUUAUAUUGGCACCUUUGCAGUAGUUGCCAAUCUUGUCCUGACACGAAGAGAGAUUGUCAUCACCGACAAUCUCCUGGAUGUGAAGUGGAGCAGCGGUGAGAAAAAGGCAAGUGUUAAUGUGGUGGGGUUUUUGUUUUUUUGUGUUUGCGUAUGUGGGGAAGAGGGUAGGGACGCCUUAUGUUUUCAGGGUUAAAGGUUUUUUUUGUUUUUUUAUUUUUAAACUCUGGAAUGUUUCUUUAAGAUGCAGUAUGCUGUAACACAUGCAUUUAUUUAUUUUUGCCAAAAUUAUAACUGAGAGUGCCAAAAAAAAUGCAGAAAACUAUUUCAGGCCAACAUCUGUAAAAUACAUAGAAAUUUUCUGCCCUAAAAAGAAAAUCAGGCAAAUAUUUUACAUGUAAUAUUCAGAGUUACAAACCUAUUAAUUCCCUGUGUGUUCUGUGUACUUGGCAAUAAAUGGUUCCUUAUUUAUGUACCCACAGUGUAUAUAAAAAGGCUGGACUUGGAAAAGAAAAGCGCCAGGUUACGUAUGUGGUAACUAAGAAAGGGGCUGGGCGCAAAGUUAGGCGGCCAGCUGGAGUCAAGGGUCAAUUCAAGGUUGUGGAUGCAAGGAUGAAGAAGGAUAUGAGAAGUCAACAAAAGAGAAAAUAAAUAAGUUUGGACACUUGCAUUGCACCAUGUUGAUAUUAUGGCAAUUUGUCAGAUUUGUGAUCAGUUCUUUGUCAUUUUAACAUUUCUUCCUGGCUAUGUCUUUUUAAUACCUGGUCACAAAAUGAUUUUCUGUUCUUUUCAACUGAAAGUGCAAGCUUUGGGAAUGACCAUGUUCUGUAUUGUGUAAAUAAAUUAAAAAAAAUCUUCUCUAUGCUGUUGUGCAUGUUUUAGAAUUAUUUAGAGACCAUUUAAUCUCUAGAAUCUGGUGAAACUGAGUGCAAAAUAGCCAAGUUGUGGCUAAAGCAGAGUUGGCUAAUAAAUCCGCUAUUUGAUCCUAUAUUCAUUGGUACUACUACAGUGAGAAAAGUUCCC